UACUAGGUUCGGUGUGAUGAGCUGUGCAGCUUGGCAGCAAGCUGCUGACACUUUUCCUUAUAGAUAUAUUUUCUUUAUAAUCAGCUGCCCAUGUUUAAAUGCCCUUUCCUUAAUCAGUACCCUGAUGUAUUUGCCCUGUUAAUAAUUAGCCUCAUUUUGGCCUAUCUGAUUUACUACGGUUUAUAUUGUCUUUUUCUUUACUUAUUAACUGUCAAGAAAGAAGUGAAUCAAAAUGACCGACGUCCAGCCAAGAGAAGUGAAGAUUUUGGAGACGGCGGAGGACAUUCAGCUACGUCGUGAAGAAGUUAUUAGUCGUUAUGGCUUCUUUAGGAAUGCCUGUAAGGACCGUAGAGAGCGUCUGGAAGACUCUCGACGUUACCAGUUCUUUAAACGAGAUGCUGAUGAGCUGGAAAGCUGGAUUUAUGAGAAACUUCAAACAGCAUCGGAUGAGAACUAUAAAGAUCCCACCAACUUGCAGGCUAAGAUCCAGAAACAUCAAGCUUUUGAAGCUGAAGUUGCAGCCCACUCUAAUGCUAUUGUGACACUGGAUAAUGCUGGUAAAGAAAUGAUUGACCAGAACCACUUCGCCUCUCAGACUAUUCAGGAACGACUUGACAAACUACAUGAAUUGUGGCCAUUGUUGAUCAGCAAAUUGUCUGAAAAAGGUUUGAAGCUGCAGCAAGCACUACGUCUUGUCCAGUUCAUGCGGGAAUGUGAUGAAGUCAUGUUUUGGAUUAACGACAAGUAUCCUAUUGAAAAACUGGAAGCAUUCGUAACUUCAGAAGAGUUUGGCCAAGAUCUUGAACAUGUUGAAGUUCUACAGAAGAAAUUUGAUGAAUUUCAAAAGGAUUUGGCUAACAACGAGGAUAAGGUAGUUGAAGUGAACACACUUGCAGAUCAGCUACUUUCUGAAAGCCAUCCUGACGCAGAGUUGAUUACCACUCGACGACAGGAGGUAAAUGAAGCGUGGCAACGUUUGAAAUCUCGCUCAUUGUUUCGUCAAGAAAGACUUUUCGGUGCACAUGAGAUCCAACGCUUUAACAGAGAUGCUGAUGAAACUAUUGCUUGGAUCACUGAGAAAGAUACUGUUCUUUCAUCUGAUGAUCAUGGCCGAGACCUUGCUAGUGUACAAGCACUUCAGAGAAAACAUGAAGGGGUAGAACGAGAUUUGGCUGCAUUGGAAGAGAAGGUGACUUCAUUAGGAACAGAAGCUAAACGUCUUCAAGAAAUCCACACUGACCAGGCUCCUCAAAUUGAAGUUAAACAAAGAGAAAUUGAGGAAAACUGGCAGAGUUUGCGUGAGAAGGCUGCGAAGAGAAAAUCUCGAUUGGAUGAUUCCAACAAUUUGCAUCGCUUUCUUGCCGACUUUCGUGAUUUGAUCUCUUGGAUUCAUGAUAUGCGUGCCAUCAUCUCUGCUGAUGAUCUUGCCAAAGAUGUUCCAGGAGCAGAAGCUCUACUUGAAAGCCACCAUGAACACAAGGGUGAGAUUGAUGCUCGUGCCGACAGUUUCAAAGCUACAACUGAAGCUGGCCAGUAUUUAGUGACCUCUGAACAUUAUGCUGCAAAUGAUGUGAAGGAAAAGUUGAAUGAGUUAACAGUUGAACGCAGCAACCUACUUGAUUUGUGGGAAGAGAGGCGAAUUAUGUAUGAACAAUGUAUGGAUCUCCAGCUGUUUUAUAGAGACACCGAACAGGCUGACACUUGGAUGACCAAACAAGAGGCUUUUCUUGCAAAUGAAGACCUUGGAGAUUCACUUGACAGUGUAGAAGCACUCAUAAAAAAACACGAUGAUUUCGAAAAAUCUUUAGCUGCUCAAGAAGAAAAAAUAAAAGCUUUAGAUGAAUUUGCUACAAAACUUAUUGAAAGCGAACAUUAUGCCCAUGAUGAUGUGGCUACCCGCAGAAACCAACUGUUACACCGAAGAAAUACUUUGUACCAAAGAUCUGCUGAACGUAAGAAAAUGUUGGAAGCAUCUUCUAGAUAUCAGAUGUUUGAGAGAGACUGUGAUGAGACAAAAGGCUGGAUCAACGAAAAGCUGAAGACUGCCAAUGAUGAGAGUUUUAAAGAUCCAACAAAUUUACAAACCAAAGUUCAGAAACAUCAGAAUUUUGAGGCUGAGCUUGAAGCCAACAAGAGCCGUAUUGAUUCCAUUAAAGAAACUGGCGAAGAAUUAAUCAAAGAAGAACAUUUUGCUUCUGAAACCAUCAGAGAACGAAUUGAUGAAAUUACAACAUUAUGGGUACAGCUUCAAGGACAAACAGAAAAGAAAGGUAAUAACUUAAAGGAAGCUAGUUUACAACAACAAUUCUUCCGUAAUGUUACUGAUGUUGAAGGUUGGUUGGUAGAUAUGGAGGGGCAGUUGAUGUCUGAAGAUUUUGGCAAGGAUUUAACCAGUGUACAGAACCUGCAAAAAAAACAUGGAUUACUGGAAGCAGACAUUACGGCUCAUCAAGAUCGCGUUGAUGGGAUCCAUGUUCAGGCUCAGGCAUUUGUUGAAUCUGGUCAUUUUGAUGUUGAAAACAUUCAGAAAAAGAAAAGCGAAGUUCUUGGACGUUACAAAGCUCUCCAGGAACCAACAACUGGCCGUAAACAAAAGCUGGAUGAUGCUCUCCGACUUCAGCAGUUUCUUCGUGAUGUUGAGGAUGAAGAAGAUUGGAUCAGAGAGAAAGAACCUAUUGCUGCCUCUACAAACAGAGGCCGUGAUUUGAUUGGGGUACAAAGUUUAAUCAAGAAACAUCAAGGUUUGCUAGCUGAACUGGCUGGCCAUGAAAGUCGCAUCACCAAUGUUUGUCAAUUGGGACAGGGUAUGAUUGGAGAAGGACAUUUCGCUGCUGAUGAAAUCCAACAUAAAAUCCAAGAAUUGGAUGAGAAAUGGAAUAAUUUAAAAGAUAAAGCUAACCAACGCAAGCAAGAUUUGGACGAUUCUCUACAAGCUCAACAAUAUUUCGCUGAUGCUAAUGAAGGCGAGUCUUGGAUGAGAGAAAAGGAACCAAUCUCUGCUAAUACCGAUUAUGGCAAAGAUGAAGAUUCAGCUGAGGCUUUGUUGAAAAAACACGAAGCAUUUGUUGCUGAUUUGGAAGCCUACAGAACUGUUAUUGAAGGGCUCCGGGAACAAGCUUUAGCAUGCAAGCAACAAGAAGCACCUGUUAUUGAUGACAUCGGAACAGAGAAAGUCAUGGCAUUAUAUGACUACACUGAAAAAUCACCACGAGAAGUAUCCAUGAAAAAAGGAGACGUCCUUGUUUUGCUCAAUAGUGCCAAUAAGGAAUGGUGGAAAGUUGAAGUAAAUGAUCGCCAAGGAUUUGUACCUGCUGCAUAUGUGAAGAAAUUAGAUCCAAGUCUCUCUGCAAGUCGAAACAAUCUGAUGGAUGAAUUUACUAUUUCUGUGCGACAGAAUCAAAUUGAGACCCAAUAUGCUAGCUUAAUUGACCUUGCUGAUCAACGCCGUACAAAGCUUCAGGAAUCUUGCCGUGCUUACCAACUAGUACGAGAAGCUGCUGAACUAGCUUCUUGGAUUACUGAAAAGGAAACCAUUGUUGUAGAGCAUGAUGUUGGAGAAGAUCUGGAACAAGUUGAAGAAAUGCAGAAAAAAUUCGAUGACUUCCAAAAGGAUUUGAAAGCCAAUGAGGUCCGCCUACAAGAGUUGAAUUCUAUUGCCGAUAGAUUAACAGCUAUGGGACAAACUGAAGCUGCUGAGAAUAUCAGGGAACAGAUUGCUAAACUCAACAACCGCUGGGAAACCCUUCAAAUAGUUACCCAAGAAAAACAGCAGACUCUUGGCUGUGCUCAUGAAGUUCAGAGAUACCACAGAGAUGUGGAUGAGACAAAAGACUGGAUUUGUGAAAAGGACAAUGCUCUUAACAACGACAACUAUGGAGCAGAUCUGAGCAGUGUGCAAGCAUUGCAACGUAAACAUGAAGGUGUUGAACGUGAUCUUGCUGCACUUGGAGAAAAGGUGCGUGACCUUGAUUCCUCAGCCAAAAGGCUGAUGGAAAGCCAUGCCGAUCAAGCUGAGAGUAUUUAUGUACAUCAAACUGAAAUCAAUGAAAUGUGGAAUGAACUUACAUCAAAGGCUGAUGCCAGAAAAUCUAAACUUCUCGAUUCUUAUGACCUUCAACGUUUUCUCAGUGAUUAUCGUGACCUUACAUCUUGGAUCACUAGUAUGAUGGCUCUUGUGUCAUCCGAUGAACUCGCUAAAGAUGUUACUGGUGCUGAAGCUCUGCUAGAAAGACAUCAGAUGUUCAGUUCUGAAAUUGUGAGCCAUUAUGGAAUCUCGCAGUACCCUGAAGAUGAUGAGGAUGAGGAACAUCGAACUGAGAUAGACGCCCGUGCUGGUACUUUCCAAGCAUUUGAAAUGCUUGGUCAGCAAUUACUUCAAAAUCAACAUUAUGCCAGCCCUGAAGUACAACAGAAGUUGGAAGAUUUAGCUAAAUCUCGUGAGGCAUUAGAGCAUGCUUGGAUUGCUCGCCGCAUGAAGUUAGAUCAAUGCCUUGAACUCCAAUUGUUUUACCGUGACUGUGAACAAGCUGAAGCAUGGAUGGCUUCUCGUGAGGCUUUCCUUGCUGGUGAUACAGUCGAUGGGGACAAUGUGGAGUCACUUAUCAAGAAACAUGAAGAUUUCGAUCGCGCUAUUAACUCUCAGCAAGAGAAAAUACAAACACUUGAGGCCUUUGCCCAACAACUCACUUCUGGUCAACAUUAUGACAGUGAUGCUAUUACAGAUAAGAGAGACCAAGUUCUGGACAGAUGGGCUAAAUUGAAAGAAGCUCUCAUUGAAAACCGUUCCAAACUUGGUGAAGCACAGUCCCUCCAACAAUUCUCACGUGAUGCUGAUGAAAUGGAGAACUGGCUUCAAGAGAAGAUCCAGAUUGCAUGUGAUGAAUCUUACCGAGACCCAUCUAACAUUCAGGAGUUGAAUGUGGAGAGAAACAGCUGGGUACAGGAGAGCAAACAUCAGAAACAUCAAGCUUUUGAAGCUGAACUGGCUGCCAAUGCUGACCGAUUACAGGCCUUAUUAUCAACAGGUAACAACUUGAUUGAUCGUUCCCAAUGUGCUGGUUCAGAAGAUGCAGUACAAGCCCGACUUGAAAGUCUCUCACAUCAGUGGGAGUCUCUUGUUACAAAAUCAACUGAGAAAAGCGAAAAACUGAAGGAAGCCAACAAGCAACAGUCUUACAAUGCCGGCGUUAAGGAUAUUGAUUUCUGGUUGGGUGAGGUGGAACAAAUGUUGGCGUCUGAAGACUAUGGCAAAGAUUUGGCUUCUAUCCAGAAUCUGCUUAAGAAACAUCAACUUCUUGAAGCUGAUGUUGGUGCUCAUGAGGAUCGUAUCAAAGAUUUGAACACUCAAGCUGACCAGUUUUUAGAAGCUGGGGUCUGGGAUGUUGACAGUAUUGCCGAACGUAAGAAGACAAUUAAUGAAAGAUACGAAAGAAUUAAAGAGCUUGCUGAACAACGCCGUGUUAGGCUCAGUGAGUCUAACACCAGGCACCAGUUCAUGAGAGAUAUUGAUGAUGAAGAGGCUUGGAUUAAAGAAAAGAAAAUUCUUGUAAAUUCUACUGACUAUGGCCGUGAUUUAACUGGGGUUCAAAACUUGAGGAAAAAACACAAACGACUUGAAGCUGAGCUGAAUAGUCAUGAACCAGCCAUCCAGUUUGUCCAGGAAACUGGCCGACGUCUGAUUGCUGAGUCCGAUAUUAAUGUUGCUGACAUAGAAGCCCGUCUUGAUGGCUUGGCACAAAGUUGGCAAGAACUAAACCAGCUAUGUGUCCACAGAGGUCAGAAACUAGAACAAUCAUAUGCAUUCCAACAAUUUACAGCCAAUGUUGAGGAGGAAGAAGCCUGGAUAACUGAGAAACUACAUUUGUUAUCUGGUGGAGAUUAUGGUGACACUAUGGCUGCCGUACAGGGUCUGCUCAAGAAACAUGAGGCUUUUAUCACAGACUUCCAAGUUCACAAAGACAGAUGUAUGGAGAUUCAACGAGAGGGGCAGAAUUUAAUUGAUGAGAACAAUCACAAUGCUCCAGCCAUCCAACAACGUAUCAAUAGUCUCCAAGAAAAGUUGGCCUCCCUUGAGAAUGCUGCAGCACAGAGACACACAGGGUUGGUUGACAAUUCUGCCUUCUUACAGUUUAUUUGGAAGACUGAUGUUGUGGAAAGCUGGAUAGCGGACAAAGAAACCCAAGUUCGCUCAGAUGACUAUGGCCGUGACCUUUCCUCUGUACAGACCCUGUUGACCAAGCAGGAAACUUUCGAUGCUGGACUACAGGCUUUUGAGAAAGAAGGUAUUCAUACUAUCACCGCCUUAAAAGAACAGCUUAUUGCAUCCAAUCAUGCUCAGACUCCGGCCAUUGAGAAACGCUACAAUGAUGUAAUUGCACGAUGGAAGAAACUUUUGGAUGAUUCUGAAUCCCGUAAACAAAGGUUGUUGAAACUCCAAGAGCAGUACCGCAAAAUUGAAGACCUCUACCUUAAUUUCGCUAAGAAGGCUUCAGCUUUUAACAGUUGGUUUGAGAAUGCUGAAGAAGAUCUCACUGAUCCUGUCAGGUGUAAUUCAGUAGAAGAAAUUAAGGCCCUGAGGGAAGCACAUGACCAAUUCAAAGCAUCAUUAAGUGCUGCUCAGGCUGAUUUUAACCAACUCGCCAGUCUGGACAAACAAAUAAAGAGUUUUAAUGUUGGCCCUAACCCUUAUACAUGGUUCAACAUGGAUGCAUUGGAAGACACUUGGAGAAACCUACAGAAAAUCAUUAAGGAACGUGAUGGUGAGCUGAACCGAGAACAACAAAGACAAGAAGAGAAUGAUCAACUUCGUAAACAAUUUGCUCAAGCUGCUAAUGCUUUCCAUUCUUGGCUGACUGAGACAAGACUCUGGCUUUUGGAUGGAGCUGCUAUGAUGGAGGGCUCAGGAAGUCUUGAAGAUCAGUUGGAAGCUGUUAAGCGAAAAGCAUCUGAAGUUAGAGCACAGAAAGGCCAAUUAAAACGGAUUGAAGAUCUUGGUGCAGCCAUGGAGGAGAGACUUAUUUUAGAUAAUAGGUACACAGAACAUAGUACUGUUGGUUUGGCCCAGCAGUGGGAUCAACUGGACCAAUUAGGUAUGAGAAUGCAACAUAACUUAGAACAACAAAUCCAAGCUCGAAACCGCAGUGGUGUGUCAGAAGAUGCUUUGCGAGAAUUCAGCAUGAUGUUCAGACACUUUGACAAAGACAAGAGUGGCAAACUUGACCACCAAGAAUUUAAAUCUUGCUUACGAGCUUUGGGUUAUGAUUUACCAAUGGUUGAAGAAGGUCAGGUUGACACGGAAUUCAAAGCAAUUUUGGAUACUGUAGAUCCCAACAGAGAUGGACAAGUCAGUCUGCAAGAAUAUAUGGCAUUUAUGAUUAGCCGAGAGACCGAAAACGUUCAAUCUAGCUCUGAAGUGGAACAAGCCUUCAGAGCACUCACUUCAGGAGAGAAACCUUAUAUAACAGCCCAAGAACUAUAUGCAAACCUGAGCAAAGAACAAGCAGAUUAUUGCAUCAGUCGUAUGAAACCCUACACAGACAAGACUGGUCGGUCAAUACCGGAUACAUACGACUUCACUGAAUUCACCAGAUCUUUGUUCAUCAAUUAGCAUUUUCUUAUUAUUUUCUAAUCUCCUUGUAGCUGGCUUUGACAAUAAUUAUUGCCUUUCUUCUCCAUUUUCUUUCCUUAUCUCUUCUUCUUCAAAAGCUUCCAGGCACUUUUGAUACGUUGCUUCUUAGUGUGGCACCAACCAUUUGCUAGAUGGUUAUAAUCCUCCGUGGUGCCGGUCUGUGUACUUUCUAUCAUGUCAUAUUUAAUAGACAUGUCUUCUAAAAAAUCUAUUCAGAGCUUGCUCCUUCCUGUUCUUAUAUGUCUACCUUCUUUCUCAGAUGUAUUCUUCAGUGGCAAUCUCAGUAACUGUAUUGCUAAACUAAAUGUAGCAGAAAGCCAAAAUUAUUUUAUUAUAAAAUAUAUUUGAAAAUAAAUUCACUCACCAAAUGUCCACUUUAUUCUGUCCAGUUGCUGUGAGACCUGUGCAAGUUUUCUUCUUAGCUUCUUCAAGCUUAUAAACUUUCAACAUUUUCUGUAUUCUCUCUGUUGGCACCUCUAACUGCCUGGUAAAGAUAUCUGAUAGUCAUGAAGAAAUCUAGGGAUAGGCUUGUCUGAUUAGGUUGUGAGAUGUAUAGUGAGAUGUAAGACAGAUGGGCCAUAUUUUAUACCAAUUCACUGCUUCUCUUCUUCUUUAACACUUGAGCAAGUUCCUAAGAAAAGUCUAAACUAAUUCACUGUAUCUACUAGGUUAAUAUAUAUAUGGAAGGAUUUUGUUAUUUGGAAAGAGGUUCUUGGACAUGUUGCUAGCUAUUUUUAUCUACAAUAAAAUGCCUUCACCUUCUCAAAA